GCGGGGCGUCUGCUCCCUCCAUUGUUCCGGAGACGCGCUCCCCCUAUGCCUAUGGCCAAGUCUCACAGGCGACGACGCCGUGUAACGCGAGGCGCAGCCAGGCGCUUAACCUCACGGAUAAACUCCAUCUUUAGGCUGACGCGCUCGUAAGCUCACACAAACUCGUCACACGGUCUUGAUUUUCCUCCCCAUGUCCUGGCAACAGCAGCAGCAGCGAUGAAGGCAGCGCACACAGCCGCGUGGACGCGCAUGGGCUCGCAAUGGCGCACCGCGCGCCGCAGCCAGCUGCUCGCCAUCGGGGCCUUCGUGGCCCUGUCCAUCGUGCUGUACAUGUCGUGGCUGCACCAGCCGGCCAUGCCCGCCGAGGCGACGCACCCCAUCGAGGAGCUGAUCCAGAACGCCGAGUUCGAGUUCAGCCAAGCCGUCGCGAAGCAGGCGACGACGCUGCCAGCCGCGGCCGCAGAGUACCGCGCGCGCCGCGCCAGACACCCGCCCCCGGGCUUUGAUGGCUGGUUCGAGUUUGCGCGCCGCAACGACGCCCUCGUCGUCGAGUCCUUCUUCGACCAGAUCCACCAUGACUUGGAGCCGUUUUGGGGCCUCCCUGCUGCCGAGAUCCGCCAGUCUGCUAAGACGGUCGAGCCCUGGCUUUUGGGCAUCCGCAAUGGCAAGGCUGUCAUGCAGACGAAGGAGAAGCAUAUCUGGAUGGAGCCGUGGCUGGACCUCCUCGGCAGCAUCGCAGACCACCUACCCGCGAACAUCAGCCUCGACAUCCCGGUAAACGUGAUGGACGAAUCGCGGCUGCUCGUGCCCUGGGAGCGCGUCAACGAGCUCAUGGAAACCGCAGCCAGAGAGCGGCAAAUGGCGUCGUUGGGGGAGGUUGUUGAGAGCUUCAGCGCCACGUCCGCAAACGCAGACACUGAAGCAGCGCCGCCGCCCUCCCCCGACUGGAUCCACGACUACAGCCGCAUCUGGCCGCUCGUGCGCUCGACAUGCCACCCCGCCAGCCCGGCACGUCAAGACCCAGAGGAGCCAACAGACCUGCGCCUGCCGGCACCAGACUUCAUGCCGACGCAAGCACCGAAAGGCUCGCACGCCGGCUACGUCGCCAACUGGACCACCGCGAGCGACGCAUGCCAGCACCCGCACCUGCGCGGGCUGCACGGCACCUUCAUCGAGCCGCAAUCGAUGAAAACGUCGACGCGGCUCUUGCCCCUCUUCGGCGGCUCCAAACUGCACUCCAACAACGAGAUCCUGCUGCCCCCCGCCAUGUACUGGAGCAGCGACGUGCGGUACUCGGGCGGGGAAGGCGCGCACGGCGCCGCGUGGCCGUUCAAGCUCAACGCGCUGAUCUGGCGCGGCGCCGGCACAGGCGGCCGCAACAAAGCCGCGACGUGGCGGCACUUCCAACGGCACCGGUUCGUGGGCAUGCUGAACGGGAGCGCGGUUUCGGCGGCCGAAGGCACGGGCGCCAACGGGCGGGGCGAGACGUUCCGGCUGCCCUCCGCAGAUCUGUACAGCGUCCCGGGCUCCGCGCAGGGGGGCCAUCUCGGCGCCUGGCUGGCCCCCUUCACAGACGUCGCGUUCACCGACCUCCUCUGCUUCCCCAGCACCGGCGGCCCCGCCUGCCCCUACACAGAACCGUACUACGCGCUCGCGGACCCGCUGCCCAUGGCCGCGCAGUUCGGGCACAAGUACCUCGCCGACAUCGACGGCAACAGCUUCAGCGGCCGCUUCCGCAGCUUCAUGCGCAGCAGCAGCGUGCCGCUGAAAGCGAGCGUCUACCGCGAGUGGCACGACGCCCGCUUGUGGGCCUGGGUGCACUUCGUCCCGCUCGACAACUCCUUCGUCGACGUGUAUGCCGUGCUGGCGUAUUUGCGCGCCAGGGAUGAGCGCGCGCGCAGGAUUGCCGAGGCCGGCCAGCGCUGGGCGGAGAAGGUGCUUAGGAAGGAAGAUAUGCAGGUGUAUGUUUAUAGGCUGUUGUUGGAGUUUGCCCGCGUUUGUGAUGACGAGAAGAAUGUGCUGGGCUUUGUGGCGGAUUUGAAGGAGUGAGGCCGACUGCUGCGUUGAGUGUGUGUCUUUGAGAUGAGUGUUGAGAUGUUGUGAUACCACCUUUUCUAAUUUGUUCGUUGUAAAUGGAUUGUUGGCCUCCUCCAGGGUGCUGCAACAAGAUUGUCGGGAACAUUGUCGGGUCGAAAUCUGUAAACUUUUUAGCAUAUGCUCUGUGUCAAGCCGGCAUCCUUAC